UGCUGGAGUUGAAAACUUUAGCUGGCUGGCGGCGCGAGCCCGACCGAAGAUUAAACCUGCGGGCUGGAUGCGCACAGCCAGCUGUCUCAGUAGCUGCUGUUGGUACAGAGGAAGGUGGAGGAUUUAUUCUAGCAGGGAUGUCAAGCAAUCUGACCCCGGAACAGCAGAAAAAAAUCGAGGAAAACAGACAGCGAGCACUUGCGAGAAGAGCUGAGAGACUUGCACAGGGAAAUCUACAAGCUCCGGUUGCUCAAAACGAACUGUUUUCACAGCAGCAUGUCUCCCCAGCUCAUCUGUCCCAUUCAAAAGGGCCAUUAACGAAGUACACACCACCUUUUCCUGUAAAACGGGAAAGCAAGCCCUCAACAAGCAGCACUUCCACUGCAAGACAGGCCCAGCUCAUAGAUCCUCUUCCCCUCCCUAAAAGACCAUUUCCAAGUAAUGAGUCUCAGGCAUCGACUCCUUCAGUUAGUUUCAACCCUCCUGGGCCCAAAUCUGAUGGAGAGAAGUCAGCUUUCGAGGCUGGCAGUUUCUAUGGACAGAGCCAGGGGAUGGCUACCCAGACUUCUGAGAAGCAGACAGCUAAACCUACAGACAGGGUCUCUGCUGGGCCUGUAAAGAAACCAGCUGUGUCUGUGAGGGGGCGAUGUGUGCCACACUCAGAGGAGCGUUUUAGAGUAGAGGUCGGCUACCAUGCAGAGCUCAUCGCGGUGUUCAAGAAUAUACCAUCCAGAAACUAUGACCCUGCCACCAAGAUGUGGAACUUCAGCCUUGAGGACUAUAAACUAUUGAUGGAGGAGGCAGCAGGCAUCCCUUCUGUAUCUCUGAAAGCCCUGGAAGGAAUGGAGGGGUUGGAUCUGUCUGCCUCCAGUGGCCGCCCCAAAGACGCCGCUGCCCUGGCUGCGCUGAUGAAACUAUGCCAAGGCUGGCAGAAGCCUGGGGCCACAGUUAAGGGCAAAUGCACCCUCAUCUCCCGCUCUCGCCUAGAAGUAGAUAUUGGAUACCAUGCAGAUGUUAUAGGUAUCUUCAAACAGAUGCCUUCAAGGAAUUAUGAUAUGAAAACAAGAAAAUGGAGUUUCCUGCUUGAGGAAUAUGGACAAUUGAUGGAGGCUCUAAACGACAUUUCAGCUGUGGAGAUUGAACCGCUGCCACGUGCAGUGCUGCAGGCCUUCUCCUCACAGUUUGAGAAGAGCCAGUCUAAAGCUCAAGAGAUCCCUGAGGCUGAUCUCUCAAGUGUUGACCCCACUCUUACACGUAGCCUCAUGCCCUUCCAGCUGUAUGGUGUCAACUUUGCAGUGUCCAGAGAAGGCCGUCUGCUCCUGGCUGAUGAUAUGGGUCUGGGAAAGACUGUACAAGCCAUCUGUAUUGCAGCUUACUAUAGGAAAGAGUGGCCACUGCUGGUAGUCACUCCAUCCUCUGUACGCUUCACAUGGGCAGAGGCGUUUCGGCGCUGGUUGCCCUCGGUAGCAGCAGACCGCAUUAACGUGGUGGUGAAGGGCAAAGACAAACUUCGCUCUGGUCUGGUCAACAUCAUCAGCUAUGACCUCCUCAGCAAGAUGGACAAGCAGCAUUUAGCCAACCCUUUCAGUGUGCUCAUCAUGGAUGAAUCCCACUUCCUGAAGAACAUUAAAACAGCUCGCUGCAGGGCUUCUCUUUCUCUACUGAAGGCAGCUAAGAGAGUAGUCCUACUGUCAGGAACUCCUGCCAUGUCCCGUCCGGCUGAGCUCUACACUCAGAUCUUGGCUGUGAGGCCCACGCUCUUCCCCCGUUUCCAUGACUUUGGGGUGAGGUACUGCGAUGCUAAACAGCUCCCCUGGGGCUGGGACUACUCUGGCUCCUCUAACCUGACUGAGUUGAAGCUGCUUUUGGAGGAGUCUCUGAUGUUGAGGCGGCUCAAGUCUGAUGUGCUCUCACAGCUUCCUGCAAAGCAGCGCAAAGUGGUUACUGUGACUACAGAUGGCAUCAACGCUCGCACCAAGGCUGCUCUCUCAGCUGCAGCCAAGGAGCUGGCCAGCGGACGCCACAAUAAGAUGCAAGAGAAAGAGGCUCUGCUAGUCUUCUUUAACCACACAGCAGAGGCCAAAAUCAGAGCCAUCAUGGAGUACAUAUCGGACAUGCUGGAGUGUGGACGAGAGAAGUUUCUGGUGUUUGCACAUCACAAACGAGUCCUAGACAGCAUAAGCAAAGAGCUGACUGAUAAGGGGGUCUGUUAUAUCCGUAUCGAUGGCUCCACGCCCUCAGCUGAGCGGCAGCAGUUGUGUGAGAAGUUUCAGUUCUCACAACAGAGCUGCGUAGCUGUGCUCUCAAUCACAGCUGCAAACAUGGGCCUUACACUGCAUGCUGCAGAUCUUGUGGUUUUUGCAGAGCUCUUCUGGAACCCAGGGAUAUUAAUUCAAGCAGAAGACAGAGUGCAUCGAAUUGGUCAAACCAGCAGUGUGGACAUACACUACCUGGUGGCCAGAGGCACAGCUGAUGACUACCUCUGGCCUAUGAUCCAGGAGAAGAUGAACGUUUUAGAACAAGUUGGCCUGUCUGAAUCCAAUAUUUCAGACAAGGCAGAGUGCUCCAGCUUUCAUAGCAAGGACCCCAAGCAGCAGACCAUCACUGAGAUGUUCCAGAGGUCAUUCUCAGAGGAGGAUAUGGAUGAAUCACUUCUGGAGGCUAUGAAUGACUGGGAGGAUACAGGGCACACAGACUCAGGUCACCAGGAAAGUCACUUCUCUGAGAGCCCCAGCAAGAAAAGGCGUAUUGAAGAUUACUUCAACAGAUAACCAAAUAUGCUAGGAAUUAAAA